AUGAACACGCGUAACCAAGAUGUUGACAACACCCUCAAGAAUCAUGACAAGGCAAUUACUGAGAUCCAGGCAACGCUAUCGGCUCUAGCGAAACAACAAGAAGAAAUCCUGAAGGCGGUCAAAGAUAAACCGGGUCAGAACAGCGGCGGUGGGGCUAGCUCGGGUUCAUCGUUUUCUCCCGACAGUGCUGACUCGCGGAGUAAUCGGCUCCUGAGGAUCGGGAACGUCGAGUUUCCCAAGUUUUCGGGUGAGGACGUGGAAGGAUGGAUCUACCGUUGCGAACACUUUUUCGCGAUGGACGAGACUCCGGACGAGGUGAAACUUAGAUGCGCGGUUGUCCACCUGGAAGGAGCCGCGCUCCAAUGGCACAGGGCUUACCUGCGCAUACGUAAUGCUACCGUAGCCGAAAUCCCUUGGGAAGAAUACGUGAGGUCUAUUUCAACCCGUUUCUCUAACGAUAUGUUUGAAGAUCCCUUAGAAGAGUUGGCCUCCCUCAACCAAACCGGUACUCUUCUCGAGCUUAACACCGCAUUCGAUUGCUUGUUGAACAAGGUAAACCUUACUGAGUCCCAAGCUAUUAGUCUCUAUCUCAAGGCCCUUAGACUGGAUAUUCGGGGGCCGGUUAAGAUGUUUAAACCGCGCACCUUACAUGAGGCAUACGGGUUGGCUAAGACUCAAGCACUGAACAAUGAGAAUUUGGAAGAAAAGUUUGAUAGGGGAAAGGGGGCUGUGGGGAACACGAAGAGCAGCCCAAAUGCAAAAAUUACACCACCCACCAAUGUUACCAAAUUGCCAAUUCUACCCUUACCCAAUCGAACACCCGCUGCCUCCACUAAGCCCACGGGGGGUGCGCGGCGCCUCACGAGUGGGGAUGAGGAUGAACCAGCGGUGGACGAACCGGUUCCUGAAGACGAAGAGGAGGAACACCAGAUUUCGAUUCAUGCGCUAACAGGUAUUCCUUCAUAUUCGACCAUGCGGGUUCAAGGCACAAGGGGUACACGCCAACUUCACAUCCUUAUUGACUCGGGGUCGACCCAUAACUUCCUUGACAGCAGAGUAGCGAAAAAGUUGCAAUGUGAGGUUAAGGAUAUUACACCGAUUAAGGUGGGGGUGGCGGACGGAGAACAACUGACUUGUACCCAAUUAUGUACCAACUUUCGUUGGACCAUGCAAGGCAACUGGUACUCGACAGAGGUUCUACUAUUGGAACUAGAAAACUAUGACAUGAUCUUAGGGGUACAGUGGCUUCUUCCCUUACAAGAUAUUCUUUGGAAUUUCCAAAGGAUGACUAUGAGGUUUGAGGUUGAUGGGAAACAAUACGAGUUGAAAGGGUUGCAAAAUAAUAAGAUGUCGGUUUUUUCGGUAGAGAAGAUGGGAGAGUUGCUGCAAAAACAAGCUAAAGGGGGGAGUUUACAAUUAUUUAGCUUACAACUGACUGAUAGUGAAGAUGAGAAGACCUACCGCUCUAAGGUUGUAUGUGACCCAAAACAAACACACGAAAACCCCGCAUGGCAGGCAUUAACCCGAGCAUUUUCCGAGGUGUUUCAAAUGCCAAAAGGGUUACCCCCUACUCGACCGUUUGACCACCGUAUCACCCUUAAGGAAGGAACAGAGGCCAUUAGUCAACGCCUUACCGGUACCCGACGGUUCAAAAAGACGUUAUAG